AUGGUGUGGAUUCACGGCGGCGGAUUUUCCAUACAUUCCAGCAGCAACUACGGCGACACGGCUAUAGCGAGAAACCUCUGCGUCAAAAAUGUUGUUGUCGUCUCAAUGAACUAUCGGCUUGGCCCGCUCGGAUUCUUCACCACUGGCGAUGACGUGUGCAGAGGCAAUAUGGGACUUUGGGACCAGGCCCUGGCUUUGCAUUGGGUACACGACAACAUUGAGGCGUUUGGCGGUGAUCGUGGCAAUGUUACUGUAUUUGGACAGAGUGCUGGCGGUGCUAGUGCCGAUCUUCUGGCGAUCAGUCCUCAUACGAGAGAUCUUUUCCAUCGUGUGAUUCCAAUGGCUGGCUGCGGUGAGUGCGACUUCGCAAUGCGCACCAGCAAAGCGCAGUCCACACUCGGGCGGGAGUAUGCAAGGUAUUUAGGUUGGACCGGAAAAGACGACGACUCAGAAGGCUUGAUGCAUUUUAUGGAAGCGCAACCUGCUCACCGCGUCGCGAUGGGGAUACAUCCAAAAAAGGGAUUCCAUCCUUCCAUAUCCGGUAAUCUGUUGUUUGUGCCAAACUUCGAUGGGGAUUUUUUUCCGAAGCCAUUAGAAGAGCUAAGACGAGAAAGUCCACGAAAGUCCAUCAUGACCGUCGCACUCGGUGGAUUCUCCAAGACGAAGGAAGGCUUCCGGCGAUUUUGUCAAAGUAUCAUCAAAGAGUGCGACUACGCUGAUGGAGCAGAGGAAGUUCGCCAGGAAGUCUAUGAGUAUUACAUGAAAGACGUAGAUUCUAAGGACAAGGCAAGAAUAACGGAGCGGCUUGUUGAGCUUAUGGGUGAUUACGCGAUCAACGUUGGAGUGCUUCAGUACGCGAGAAAAAUGUCUGACCACGGGUCUACUCACUGCUCUGAGGUACGCUAUGUGCUUGGUAAAGGAGUGUUCUCAAAAUUCAAGCCGAAUCACGAUGAUCUGAAGAUGCUUGACAUCAUGACAACAUAUUUCACAAAUUUUGCCAAAUACGGAGAUCCUUGCGGUGACCGAUCGUCUUCAACUGAAGAAUUCGAAUGGGAGCUCUACAGUCCUGCGCAACCUUACCGUCACUUACAUAUUCAGUUGCCAAAGCCUCUUAUGGCUAACAACUAUCAGAAUAGGCGCAUGGAACUGUGGGAAAGAAUUCUACAAAAAAACCAUUCUAAGGCGAAUCUCUAG